AUGGCAAAGGCAUCUGGGGAGAAGAAGCUCGAUCCCAAGAAACCUCACAUCACCGACGAACGCAUUACCAAGGCCAACUGGUUUAAGCAUGUCAACUGGCUCAAUGUCACUCUCAUUAUUGGAGUCCCAAUCUACGGCAUGAUUACUGCAUACUACACUCCUCUGCACCUGAAGACUGCCAUUUUCGCCUUCGCCUACUACUUCAUGACCGGCCUUGGUAUUACAGCUGGUUACCACAGACUCUGGGCUCACACUUGUUACUCUGCACGACUUCCAUUGAAGAUUUUCCUCGCUGCCGUCGGUGCUGGUGCCGUACAAGGCUCAAUCCGAUGGUGGUCGAGAGAUCACCGAGCUCAUCACCGAUACACCGAUACCGACAAGGACCCCUACUCUGUUCGAAAGGGUCUCGUCUACUCGCAUAUUGGAUGGAUGAUAAUGAAGCAGAAUCCAAAGCGCAUCGGUCGUACCGAUAUCUCCGAUUUGAAUGACGACCCCGUCGUUGUCUGGCAACACCGCAACUACAUCAAGUGCGUUAUAUUCAUGGGUAUGGUCUUCCCUUGUCUUGUUUCUGGACUUGGUUGGGGUGACUGGAUGGGUGGAUUCAUCUACGCUGGUAUUCUCCGAAUCUUCGUCGUUCAACAGGCCACCUUCUGUGUCAACUCCUUGGCCCAUUGGCUCGGCGACCAGCCAUUCGAUGACCGCAAUUCUCCCCGUGAUCAUGUUAUCACUGCUUUCGUCACACUGGGCGAAGGUUACCACAACUUCCACCACGAGUUCCCAUCGGACUACCGCAAUGCUAUCGAAUGGUUUCAAUAUGACCCAACUAAGUGGUCUAUCUGGGUCUGGAAGCAAUUGGGUCUCGCUUACGACUUGAAGCAAUUCAAGCAAAAUGAAAUCGAAAAGGGCCGUCUCCAGCAAAUGCAAAAGAAGCUUGACCAGAAGAGACAGACUCUUGACUGGGGUAUUGCUCUCGAGCAAUUGCCUAUCAUCGACUGGGACACUUACCAAACCGAGGCCAAGAACGGCCGUGCACUCGUUGCCGUUGCUGGUGUCGUCCACGAUAUCACAGAUUUCAUCAAGGAUCACCCAGGUGGAAAGGCUCUCAUCACUUCUGGUAUCGGCAAGGACGCAACUGCUAUUUUCAACGGAGGUGUCUACAACCACUCCAACGCCGCACACAACUUGUUAUCUACAAUGAGAGUUGGUGUUCUCCGUGGAGGUUGCGAGGUCGAGAUCUGGAAGCGGGCUCAACGGGAAAACAAGGACAUCUCCUUUGUCAGCGACUCCGCAGGCCAAAAAAUCAUUCGCGCUGGUAGCCAGGUCACGAGGAUAGCAGAGCCCGUAGCAUCAGCGGAUGCUGCAUGA